UCUUCAGUAUUCCAUUUUCUGAAGGGGUAUGAGUGUAAUCAAAUUGAAAAUUUCAAUUUCUUCACAUUAACAUAAAAGUAGUGCAAUAAUAUUCUAAGUUACAUCUUAAUAGUUGUGGCCCUCGAAAAUUGUUUAAUGCAGAGAGGACAUCACAUUUUAAGAUAUAUUUAUAAAAACAUGAAGAUCUGAACUGUGCUUAGUUAUACACACAUACAGACUACAACAAAAAUAUUUGGGGAAUUACGGACAGAUUCCAACUAAGUUACAAUGGUUACAACGAGACGAGCACGUAAUCAAACUAACGCUCGGCUAUCUGAGGCUGUUUUGCGUCCAAAUUCCGUAUCCGAAAAUGGAAGAGCUCGUCAGAACUUGAACCCAGAAGUGUUGGCUGCAAUGAGCAAAGAACAACUGCGAGCUGAAUGCAGGAAACGCGGACAACGGGCUACGGGCAACAAAAACGAGCUGCUAGCCCGUCUCGGGUAUUACAAGCUGGCGGCGGCGCAGGCCGACACGGAGCAGCGCGCGCGCAACGGGCUGCACAACCCCCACCCUAAAGAGAUUAGAAUGAGGAGCAAGGAGAACAUGGAUUCAGACAGCAAUCUGGUGUUAUGGCGGCGACCUGUCACCACACUAGAAUACUUCUUCAAAGAGCUUUUCGCGCUCUCCUCCGCCGGACUCCAGAGAUUAUUCGCUUACAAACUCCUGGCCUUAUUAGCAGUAUUGAUUAUCACCGGAACGACGGUGUCCUACCACAUAAACGGGCCUCAUCAGCCAUAUGUACAUUUAGUCAUAUCAACACUCGCGUGGUGGGGCUGGUGGGUGAUCCUGGGCGUGUGCAGUUCUGUAGGUCUCGGGACCGGCCUCCACACAUUCCUCCUAUACCUGGGGCCUCACAUCGCAAGGGUCACUCUCGCCGCAUACGAGUGCGGCGGCCUCAACUUCCCCGAGCCGCCCUACCCUAACGAUAUUAUCUGCCCAGCAGAAAUCGAUCCCAACAACACCGUGUCCAUAUGGAACAUCAUGGCAAAAGUGCGCGUCGAGUCCAUGAUGUGGGGUAUCGGUACGGCGCUGGGAGAACUGCCGCCGUACUUCAUGGCGAGAGCAGCUCGACUGUCUGGCGGCAGUGUGGCGGAGCUCAAUAUAGAUGACGAAUCCGCUAUGAGCAGAGCAAAGAAAACAGUACAAAAGUUGGUCGAGCAGAUCGGUUUCAUUGGCAUCCUAGCGUGCGCGUCGAUACCCAACCCACUGUUCGACCUCGCCGGCCUCACCUGCGGGCACUUCCUCGUACCAUUCUGGACUUUCUUCGGGGCUACAGUGUUGGGCAAGGCGGUCAUUAAGAUGCACAUACAGAAGAUGUUCGUUAUUGUGUCCUUCAAUGAGACGCUUGUUGGGCAAGUCCUAACCUGGGUGGAGCGGAUCCCCUACAUAGGGCCCAAGCUCGAAGCGCCCCUCCUCCAAUUCCUCCGCAACCAGAAAGCCAGACUACACAAAAACGAGUCCGCACUGCCCGAGAACUCCGGCUCAGUACUCUCUAGUUUGCUAGAGAAGUUCGUGCUGGCGAUGGUGCUGUACUUCGUGGUGUCGAUAGUGAAUGCUCUGGCGCAGAAUUAUAACAAGCGGAACGGGAAGAAGAAAGGGAAGAAGAGGGAAUAGGGGCGCGCGCCGCCCGAGGCGACCCCACACACCGCGCGCCGUCGAACGUCGGAGAAACGUCGGCGGCGGUAGUACCCAAUAAACUGCGAUGAAAGUUAAAUAGUUAUUUUAUUAAGUCAGCGUACGUAAUACUACAAGACACACGCCAUCCUUAUCUCACAUAUAUUGUUAACAUACUGUUAGAGAGAGCAUGUUUCUUGUAGUUUUGUACUAGCUUUAUUAUAAGUCCACAUGUCCUGUAAAAUAGAGGCAAUGUCUUAUGAAUACAUAGUCAACAACCAUAAGUUUCACUAGUAUAAGAUACUUUUAAUGUGAGGUGGGAUUUAAGUAAGAGAAUAGAGACAUAAUGUGCAUGGUGUCAAAAGUUUUAUUUAACUGUGAUUACUAGUGGUCGAUAACGCAUGCUAUUAUAAACAUUUUCCUUUACGGUAAAAUAAUAUACCGUAAGGUCGGGUUAAAUUGACCCAACAGAGGGUAACUUUGGCCCACAUAACUAGCGCAUGAAGAAGGGUCUAAUAAAAAAUAUAAAAACGUGAAUGAACAGCUAUUUAGUUAGUAUAAAACCCAACACCAAAAAAUUGCAAUAAAUAACUUGCACUGAAAUAAUCCCAAUGGCCAGUUACCCUCCAGGGCCAAAGUAACCCGACCUUACGGUAAUAUAUUAUGCAUUAUCAGAAUCUUAACGAUCCUGUCAGUAGGUAUACUAGGUAUAGAUUUCCUCAACUAUAUCUUCUACAGUAAUACCCCGCUUUACGCGACCCCGUUAUGCGCGGUUUUGCUUUAACGCGAAUUUCAAAUUUCGCACACCUCGCAUUACGCGGAUUGCUUAUGUAUAAUUUGGCAAGCCAUUUCUGUCAGUGGAAAAGACGGCAAAUUUAAAAAAUAUAGGCGCGAUGAGACCUCCCAUAGAAAAAAUUGAAUUUUGCGCCUUUUUCUACUCACAAAGUGGGUUCGCCAGAGUAUAAUUAAAAAAAUCCCCGCUUUAUCUGACCAUUCUUUUUGAAAAAAUGAACAGUAGGGGAUUCGCCGUGAACCCGGUAUACGCGAAUUUCACUUAACGCGAUUUUUUGUGGAACGUAUCCCUCGCGUAAAGCGGGGUAUUACUGUAGUUGACUUAAAAAGAAACAGAUACUCAAUGUCGUAAAAAUAACUAUAAUUUUUUCUUAUAUCCAGUUAUGAAAUUCUUGCAUCUUAGAACUAUCCAUAAUUCUUACAACAUCGUGACAUAAAUGAUCAUUUUGGUUGUGUUGAGACCUUUUCUUGCUUGAGUUUGGUCGCUUAAAGUAGUACCGUAACGAAUUGGAAAAAUUCUUAUAUCUCACAAUUUUACCAUUUCGCUCAAAGUUGUAUUAUUAUUUUGUCUACUUGUUUACACAUGUUUUUGUUUGUGUUGUGUACCUGUUUCAUUACAUUUAACCUUUUCGACGCCCUGUCAAACACAAAAGCUGUCACCCAGACGCCACGUCACUGAAGUGUCAAAACUAAAAUUGAACUUUAUCCAUAUGCAUGAAGGUCUAUGUUGCUCUGUGGUCCGAUUAAUGGGUCUUUUGCGUUGGACCUGCGGUGCGUAUAUAUCCGUCAAUGGCGUCCAAAAGGUUAAUACUUAUGAGCGUUACUUAUUUCUAUUCGUUACUACUCGAUUUUCAGUGGCCAAGCUCAAUUAAGUCACAUAUUACCAGCUAGUGGCCCGACCGGUAAUAUCUUGCCUUACUCUAAGUUAAAAUAAGUGUUCACUAACCAUUAACUAGCUGAGUAACUGUUUAACUUUCAUAACUCAAAUUAGCUAUAAUAGUCAAGUAUUGAGAGGUAAAAUAAUAAAAUCAUGGGUAUAGUUUUCUAAGUGACAUAAUGAUAAGCUUGGAAAAGAAUAUGAUGUAGGACGUAGAUUUCAGAAUAUUCUAUUCUAGCCCUUGUUAGCAAAAUAGCAAGUCCUGUUUUAAAUUUACAGAAUUUUAACUGAACUGUUCUCAACUCGUGGUCCUGUUGCAAAUUUUAUGAAGUGGUUUUACGCUUUCCCCUUUUAUAGAAUGCUCAUUAAAUUUAGACAUCUUAAUUAACAUUUUUUCUAGCAUAUUGUCUAGUUUUGUAUCUGCAUAAACAGCUUUACUAGUUUUGGCCUGAAGCCAUGUGUCGAUAACCUUUAAGGCCAAUUAGAACCUAACAUGAAGUCCUUUUACUUGAAGUAAAUGAUACUGAUACGUAUGUGAACAUUUUAAUAUCUGGCUGAAAACUGUUAUAGUCAUAAUAAUAGUUAUAGUGAUUCGUCAGAAAAUUUGUAGAUAGUCUUCCACCUUGAAAAGACAGGAGAGUCACGAGACAAUAACAGAUGAUAUGCUAGAAUCAGAUAAUAGAUAGGUAGGUACUUGUCACAAUGCUGAUGUGUACAUUUUUAAGAUUUCGCAACGUUGCAACUGUUUUAUGCUUAUGGGUUUUGCGUGUUAUAGCACAAUUUGAUUGUAGAUGUCGGUGCUUGAAAUUAGAUUUUUCUAAUUUUAGCCAGUUUUUGGUCGUUUAACAAAGUACCAGUGGGUGUACCGGAUUAAUUUAAAAUAUUAACCAAAAAUAUUUAUAGUGAUAUAUCCAAAUGUAUUUAUUUGGUGCUGUUCCUAAUUUUCCAAAUUUGACAUCUCUAAGUUGUUUUAAAUACAGUUAUAUUGGUUGAAACGUUAUUUAUUUACAUGUUUUUUAACUACAAAGUAGUCAUACGAAAAUUUGUCCGUUUUCUCUGAAAAAAAAAUUUCGCUCGUAAAAUAACUGACAAACCGCCGUGCGGACUUCCGCCGAAACUGUGAAUUUUACAUUUGGUCUCUUAAACUAUAGAACUAUAGUUUAGAGAUCAUUAUUUGCAUUUCAAAACUUGUGACGUUUUCAACCAAAAGGUACCUCAUUGUCGCUUGUCGAUAAGGUUGAUUUCUAAUUGAAGCUAUAUGGAAAUAGCGCCUUACUGACAAGCGACAAUAAGUAACCUUUUGGUUGAAAAUGGCACAUUUAUACUUACCCUAUAUAAUAACUAUAACAAGUAAUAUAUUUUAAUUUGUUAUAUUUUAUUUCGGUGUUUAAUCAAUUUAUGCGCAUAUCUGUGCAACUCUGUUUUUCGUUUCUAUUAUUUCUAUAACAUUGUUGUAAGUUAAAUAACUAACAUAAUUUAGUUUAAUUUGAGCAGUUAAAGUAUAGAGGUAACAAUAAAAGACAUUUUGUAUCUUAUACAUAUAGGAAAAAAUAAUAUUUAUAAUUAAUAAUUAAGUAGCUGAAUGGAGCCCAGUAUUAAUUUAUUAAGAGAACACUCUCCCGUGAAAAAGCUUAAGUAUGGGCAAGUUGAAUAAAACAUGUUUGGAGUGCAAUAAUAUCUUACACUAAAGCCAAAAGUAGAUUUUUUAUACAAAUUGUUUCAAACAUUUAACCAGUAGCUAUAAUAUUUUGAUUCAUCUGUGAAUCACAUUCCCUGCUUUAUGAUGAUGCGAUGAUUGUCUUUUGAACUAGGUACUUAGGUAGUCCGUAUUUCUGAAUAAAUCGAUAGUCAUGACUCAUUUGAUUUUAACUUCUAGAUUGAGGGUUACUGGAAGAUACAAAAUCAAGAACUAUUUUUCGUCUUUUUUGAAUAUAUGCGUUCCUUCUGAUUCGAAAGCAUGGCCAGAAUAAGAAACUUAGCACAAAGCAGUGUUGUAAAUAAGUAAACUUGUAAAAUAGUACUAAUUCUUAUUUAACUUGUGAAUUUCUCUUACGGUAGUUGCUCUUAUUUAUUCUUUUUAGUUUCUGGGGCUGUCUUUAAUUGUGAAAUGGGUUUAAAACAUUCCAUAUAUAAAUUAUUAUGUAAAACAUAAAAGUUACUUUCGAUUGAAAUUUUAUACUAAAUUAUUACCUUUAAAGUAAGUUAUUCAAGGCCAAAUUAAGUCAUUACAAGGUUUCAUGCAUGGAUCGUGAUUAGAAGUUAAUUUAGGUGAUGCCAGUCAUCAACUGUUGCUACACAAUCAGUAAAAUCAGACAAGCAACAAGAAGGUAUAGAGGGAAAUGCUUGGAACACAAUUUUUGACUCCAUAACUUUGUUUGAACUUUGAAACAACUGGCAUCGUCUAAACUAUAGCUUUUAUGUAGAAAGAAGAAUAAUAUAUGAUCAUUGUAUAGGAAUAAUGUAGUUACUAUUUUGAGAGUGCAGUUAUAAAAGUUACCUGGAGUUUUAAUACAAUAAAAAUCUGAGGCAAAAUUUCUACGGUAUGGUAUAGUUUAAUAUAUUUAGAACAUGUGAUUUAAUUUAUUCAGAUGUGAAAGUAUAUGUAUACCUACAUAAUAGUUAGUGUUUAUUUCAAUUGAACAUGUAUUCUUUUUCUCAAAUAUAAAUUCGUUAGUUAUGAUGUAGUCAUGUGAAGUGGUACACUUAGUACAAAAUGUUUGCAUAUAAAUAUUUUACAGUUUGAGGUUUUGCACUCGAAAAGCAAUAAAUGGAUGGUGAAAAACUUUUA